AUGAGUGACACUGUCAACUCUCUUGCUUCGACAGUUCUAAUGUCGAAUGAGAAACAAAACAAGGGAGCAACAAUGAAAGCUGCAACAUCAGGAGCUGAGAAGAUGCCCUUGAAUGGAUCCAUCAAAACGACGAUGCGCAACCACACCAGCAUUUCCGACAACUCAUCACAAGAGAUGGCUGAAGACGAAGGAUCGUUAGAAUUUCAAAAGCCAGGAUGGUGGGAUUUAUACAAACAAUUAUUGAGAAGAUACCGAAUCCCGCUGGAACUAGCAGAAGAGGCCUUGGAACGAAUCCUCUUUUGGAUGCCGCAUUCCGAGUCCGAAGAUCCAAACGACCCAACAGCUCCAAAACAUCAGUGGCGAGAAGUCCUUUUUGGACUCUUGUCGUUGCAUCGAUUGUCCAUGUAUUGUGCGUCGGAAGAAACUGAAGGGUCUACUAUGGGACUGGAAAAUUCGUAUGGAAUGACCAUCCAAACCAAAGAGCAACCAACAAUUUCGGCAACACGAAUUCGCAUCUACCUUAGCAUCCUUCACUGUCUCAUGCCAACCUUGUUGGAAAUCCUUCCCAGCAACAAAAAUUCAAGGAGAAAUCCUUCUGCUAGACAACAUAGUCAAAGUCGGGUUCGUCUGAGGUUGGAACAAGUCAAGUUUGGCUUGCGAUUGUACCUGUUGGCAUCCUACUGGACACAACAACAAUGGCAACAAUCAAAAGAAGGGGAAAGUUGGCUAGACAAGCUCAAGGGCAAUGCUUUCAAUAUUGGAAUUUUGCAGGCUGGGGGCAUGUUUGAUGUUGUGGGACAGGGGUCUGGGCUGCACAGCCUUGAAGCCGAGAGAAUGGGUCGCAGAAAGGCGUACAUGGGUCGACGGACGGGGCUCACCAUUCGACUUGCCAACGGCAGCGGCAAGAUUUUGCCUCCUUCGUUAUCGAGUACUACCAAUAUCAGAGCCAGCGUCAGUGCCGAGGCAAAUGGUCAUGAAAGUUGUUUGCACAAUGAUAGUAGACAAAGAAAAGGUCAUCUCAUUGGCAUUCUGAUAGGUGAACUGCUGCAUAUUCUGCGACCAUUGUAUUGGGCCUCGGCAGAAGCCUACGGUGGAAGCGAGACUACAUCUUUGUCAUUGCCAGGUAUUCAACAGUCGUCCUCGUCAUCUCUGAAAAUGCUGAAACCUUGGAUUGAGACAUUGCUCAUGGAUCUGGUGUCACUAAAGCUGUUGUGGAGACAUUCAACAAAGAACUCAGGUAAUCCCUGGACCUACGAUGAAUGGAAGCGACGAAAGGGACGGAUGCUCUUGUACCUGUUGCGGGGACCCAUUUGGUCCAAGAUGACCCAUCCAGUUCUAGAAAAGGGAUCGGCGAUUUGGACCAAAAUUCCAAUCUUGGGUCGCUUACUAGACGUUUUCCUCUGGGAUUGGAUUCUCUAUUGGAAACUCCCUUAUAUUGCAGAAGAAGGAUAG